AUUUCUGUUGUUGCCAUAAUCUUUUAUCUUUAUAUGUUCGCUUAUUAUUUACUUUAUCAUGUGCUCAAUGUUUCCAAUAAAUGGGUUGUGUUAUUUAAUUCAUUCUUUUAUUCAACUACACAUAUGAUUAAUCCGGUAAUUUAUUUCUCCCUAAAUAAAGAUAUGAGGGCACAAUUAAUUCGGGCAAUUUCUGAUUUUUUACAUUGGCUUUGUUGUGUGGCUGGGGAUGCAAGAUUACACGCAGCUGGGGCUUCUUCCUUUUAUGGCAGGGUCAAAAGAGGAGGGGGAGAGUCUUCCUCUGGUGGAAGUCCUCUCAGAAAAUCGUCAGUUAAUGAAAUGAAUAGAAAGGCAAAAAACAAAAAUUUAUUAAAAAAAUUAUUUUGCAGCUCUGCACAGCCCGGAGACGGUUGGACACUCAGAUAUUUGGUGGCCAGUUAUUGUUCACGUCGUCGUACGUCAAUAGUCCCCCGUGAUUGUUGGAAUCGUUUAAGUGCUUUUAUUUAUCGACAACGGCAACCUUUACAAGAACAACAACAACAAAAAACAAAAAAUAAUAAUUCUAAUAAUACAAUCACUUCUGCUACUACAAUUAUUUUAAAUAAAGAUGGAAAUUUAAAAACAUCUGUUGUUGCAUUAACACCAAAAAUGGCAGAAGAAAUUGGUUUGAGAAAUACAAAACAGAAUAAUUUUGAGGAGAAUAGUGAUACAAUAAUUAGUAGUAGUGGUGGAGGAGGAGGAGAUAAUUUAAAUAAUAAUAAUCGUUUAACACCUUUUAAAGUACAUUUUGUGCCAAAUUAUUUUUAUUGA